AUGCACGACGAUGAUAUUUAUGAACAACUUUACGACAAAUACAUACAUUAUCGGUACUUCAAUAUUCAAAUAACUUCUCAACGUGGACAAACUGCGGCUUAUGUGAAUUUUGAGGAUACUCGGACGGCGGAAACUGCCUAUAGAGAGACAAUCCGCUCAAUUUGUCUAUUUGAUGGUCAUGUUGAAGUGACUCCAGUUGUACGCGGACAAAGGAUUCAGCCAAUCAAGGUUCGUGGAAGAGAAGAAAUCAAAAAGCGGACAAUUCCCCGCCCUCAAAGAAGUGGUCAAGCACAUGUCAAUGAUCAAUGUCGUGUUCUCUUCGUCGGAAAUCUGAAUCCAAAGGUCGAAGAAGAAGACAUUUCAUCAGUUUUUUCAAAGUACGGACAUGUCGAGGCAAUUCAAUUCCGUGGUAAUGAAGACGGUAUUUACUGUUUUGUGACAUUUGCUGAUAUGAACAUGGCUGAAGUGGCAAAGAGGAAUACCCAUGGACUUAGAUUCGGAAAAUAUAACUGCCUAAUUGGAUAUGGCAGACCAAUUCCUUCACUGUGUAUAUAUGUCGGUCUUGUUCCUGAUAAAGACGAAGUUUAUCCACUUUUUGAACCUUUUGGAUUAAUCCGGAAAGAUUUUUGGCCAGUGGGGGCUGACUUUGGCUAUUUUAUGUACGAUCAAAUUUCUAGCGCUGUGGAUGCCUUUAAAAAAAUGAAGGGAUACGUACUUCCUUCCACUGGAGUGGCUAUUCAAGUGGAUUAUGCAAAAGAAUCUCACAUGAAUCAAUCUUUUGCCGACCUCAUUAUCAAAAGCAGAUCAUUUCAAAAGACUACUCCGAAAAAAUCUAUUAAAAGUAGAUUCUCAUCAGAUUUGUCAUCAUCGAAUAAUAUUCGAACCGAAGUUGAGAAUGAUAACUUUAUUAAUGUUGAUGAAAAACAGACCAGUAAUCGAAAAAAAUUCGAUCCUCCAUUUUUUAACGUCGUUGACAGUGUUGGCGAUGAAGGUGAAAUUAGUUAUCUUAAAUAUUCCAAAAAACGGGCAUUUUUUCAAGAAAACGAGGAGGAUGCAGUAGAAAUACCUCCGGUCAGUCCGAUGACUCCAGCAAAAGGAGAUGGUGAUGAAAAUUAUUCUUUAAGUUAUGUUUCUGAUGAAGAAGGAGAAUAUUUCUCUCCUCUCAAGACUAUGUCUCAAAUCAAAGACUCGGAAGAUGUCUGGAAAGGAGCAUUUAUGCUUAAGAGUUCCAACAUUCCAGUUUCUUUCCGCUUUGUGCGUGGUAAUUAUCAGCUUGUCGACUAUUUUUUGUACAAACAUACAAUAUUGACAAAUGAAAUGAACGGGAAACAAAAAGAACCGGUCUUAUUGUCUAUUGUACAUCGAUUGAGACUAGAUCCAGAUAAACUUGGAGAAGUUCAAAACAGGAUUGACAACUCUGAUGGUGCUUAUUGUGUGUUAGUUGCAUUUUCUUCUGACUGUUCUUCUGGGCAGUCCAGUCUCCACAAUCUGGUUAAUUAUUUUGAAGAAAAAAACGCCGCUGCUGUUGUUGUUAUUUCAGUGUCUUAUUCAUUUGGUGGGACUGAAAAGAAAUCCACGGCCGCUCUUCAUGCUUUUCCAAAGUGUGAUUUUUCGCGUAAACUCCUCUCGCCUGUUGUUUCUGAGGAAUCUUUUAAUUCGUUCGAAGACGAUUUUUUGACUGUUGUUAUUGUUGGAACUGGUAUGGGAGAUUUACCCUCCACAAUUCUUGCUGCUCCAUCAAAAUCUGGAUCAAGCUCAUUCGAGAAGUCAAUCUUUUAG